AUGGCCACGCAGGGGGUACUGGAUCUGAAAGAAGACAGGCAAACUGCUUUUGUUGCCUCGGCCGCCAUCCCGGCCUGCCGCGCGUGUCCAGCCCCCGCCGCCCUCCUCCACCGGCCCUUCUCCCAAGCCGCAGCAGACAAUACCAACCCGGCGCGCGCGCCCACCCGAGCGCCACGGACAAGACCCGCACGCCUACGCAACGCCCAAUUCGCCGCCGCAAGAGCCGCCCACUCCUCGUCCUCGUCCUCGUCCUCAUCCUCCCCCUCCUCUCCGGCCCCAACAACAGACGGCGCGUCGUCCCCGGCGGCGCCCGCCAAGCCAGACUACCUCAACGAGGCCGAGACGGUCAUCUGGGACCGGCUGGUGGCCGAGUUCGCGCCGGCGGAGCUGGCGGUGCAGGACAUCUCGGGCGGGUGCGGGUCCAUGUACGGCAUCGAGAUCAGCUCCGAGAGCUUCCGCGGCCACGGCAUGCUCAAGCAGCAGCGCAUGGUCAACGCCGUGCUGGCGGACCUGAUGAAGGAGUGGCACGGCGUGCAGCUGCGAACGAGGGUCCCAUGA